AUGGCUACAGCUUCUCAAAAAGCAAAAAUAAGGCUUGAAAACCUGUCACAGCACCUGACUAGUUCCCCGGCAGCGAAUCCAAAGUUCGAGCUUGAAGACCAUCCGAUUGAUUCGGUGCCAGUAUUGCGGGUAGCUGUGAUUGGGGCUGGUAUUUCUGGAAUAACGGGAGGCAUACUCCUCCCAGCUAAAGUUCCAGGGAUAGAUUUGACGAUUUAUGAGAAAAACAGUGACGUCGGCGGAACAUGGCUUGAGAAUAUAUACCCUGGUGUCCGAUGCGAUGUGCCAGCAAACGUAUAUCAAAGUACUUUUGCUCCGAAUAGCCAGUGGACAGAAGAAUUCGCUCAGGGCCACGAAAUUCGAGCAUACUGGCAGAGUGUCGCAGCAAAAUACGACGUCUACCGAUAUAUCAAAUUCAGCAAUAAUAUCCAGCACGCUCAAUGGAAUCCGGAAGAAGCGAAGUGGCUAUUGAAAGUCAAGGAUCUAAGAAGUCAGGAAACUGUUACAGAGAAGUUCGACAUCCUUAUCACUGCAAUUGGUCGCUUUAAUGCCUGGAAAUUGCCUGACUACCCUGGGAUUAAUGAGUACCAAGGCCAUCUAAGGCAUUCUUCAAACUGGGAUCCAAAAUUUGAUCCGACUGGCAAGUCCGUAGCCGUUAUAGGAAAUGGAGCAAGUGGCAUUCAAGUUGUCCCAGAGCUGCAGAAAGUCGUCAAGCAUCUCGAUCACUACGCGCGGUCACGGACUUGGAUUGCAGGAUCUUUUGGCGGACAUGACCGAAAGGCAGAGCCAAUGUAUUUCAGUCCAGAUCAGCUGAAGGAGUUCGAAGACCCAGAGAAAUAUUUGGCUUACCGAAAAUCGCUCGAGGAUGCUUACUGGCGGCGCUUUGCAGGAUUGUUCAAAAACUCAAAGGAGAAUCUAACAGCAAAGGGAGAUUUUAAACUGAUAAUGGCAAAGCGAUUAGAGAAUAACCCAGAGCUGCUUGACGCUCUUGUCCCGGACUUCUCGCCUCAUUGUCGCAGACUGACGCCUGGACCCGGUUACCUUGAAGCGUUGGGCAAGGAGAAUGUCACCUUUAUCCAGACGCCCAUUAAGCGGUUUACAAAAGACGGUAUUGAGACCACAGAUGGAGUUCAUCGCCCCGUGGAUGCCGUAAUCUGCUCGACUGGUGCCAAUAUUGAUUAUGCCACGCCAUUCCCUAUCGUAUCUGAUGGGGUAGAUCUGAGCUCCGCAUGGAAGCCCGAGGGCAAGUAUGGCUUUCCGUUUUCAUAUCUUGGAGUUGCCACUCCGGGAUUUCCAAAUCUGUUUUUCAUCCACGGUCCCAAUGCCGCUGGGCACUCCGGAACUCUUCCACACAGUGUGGAAACUCAAGUCACUUACAUUGCACGCGUCUUGCGUAAGGUUAGCACCGAAGGAAUCCGGACAAUUGUACCAUCAAAGGCUGCGGCAGAUGAUUUUGUCGAGUUCAGCGACGCGUUCUUUCCCAAGACAGUGCUCAGUGAAGGAUGCAGUUCUUGGACCAAUGGGGGUCGGCCAGGUGGACGCAUCCAUGGCCACUGGCCAGGAAGUGCGGCACAUGCCAACUUUGUACGCCGCUCCCCGCGGUGGGAAGAUUUCGAGUACGAGUUGCGAUCAGAAAAUAAAUCUAAAAACCGUUUUGCGUAUUGGGGGAAUGGCUGGACCAAAAAGGAGCUGGUCCCUGGUUCUGAUUUAACUCCAUAUUUAAAGCCGCCAGAGAAGGUGGACUUGAGAGAGUGGCACGAGAGCUGGUGGGAUUUGUAG